UACACUAGUGUUGUCUGUAACGCCAAUGAUCUGGCAAGUUCUGUCCCUCUGCUGAAUCAUUGAUGCUAGACAGAAACAACUUUGAACAACCAGUUUGGAACAGAGAGAAGGUUCUGUUAAGAGACAAACGUGGGGUGGCACACAACACACGGCGGCCACGUGAGACUAUCUACCCACCGGUGCGGCGAGUGGUGUCUACGCGAAAUGUCUAUGGGCCCUACAGGAUCACGCCGGGGUCGCACCAUCACGUGAAAAAGGAACCCUCCAAGAGUCGGCUAAAACGGUCCCGUGGCAUUGUCGUGAAUUAAAUAACGUUCGGAGGGUAAACAAUAGUUCUCGCACGUGGUAAUGGGGCUCAAGGUGUGGCAAAUCGGUAAAUAUAUAUGCUCCCACGUGCUAGGUCCGGAGGACACGCGUGACAUCAUGCUGUGGUAAUUUCGUAAAUAUACGGUCAAAUCAAGGGUAAAUUGGGUAGUUUAAAGCUAUUUGUUUUCUUUUAAGCUUUCAUCAGUAUGAAAGCAUAAUCUUUCUUCUCUGGCACGAGAGAGUUCUUGUUCUCCUUCUUCUUCUUCUUCUUGAUCUGCUCCGUUCAGCUUAAAGCUCGAGGAUCCCAAGUACGAGAGUGAUGACGUCAGGGACGAGGAUGCCGACGUGGAGGGAGAGAGAGAACAACAAGAGGAGAGAGAGACGGAGGAGAGCCAUCGCGGCGAAGAUCUUCACGGGUUUGAGAAUGUACGGUAACUACGAGCUUCCUAAGCAUUGUGACAAUAACGAAGUGCUUAAAGCACUUUGUAACGAGGCUGGUUGGAUCGUCGAACAAGAUGGAACUACUUACCGCAAGGGAAGUAGUAGACCAGUAGAGCGUAUGGAGAUGGGUAUUGGUUCAGCAACCACGAGUCCGUGCGCUUCUUACAAUCCUAGUCCUGUUUCCUCCAGCUUCAUGAGCCCAUCUUACGCUAAUCUCACCACUGGAGAUGGUCAAUCACUCAUCCCAUGGCUAAAACACCUCUCAACAACGUCAUCCUCAUCAGCUUCUUCAUCAUCAAGACUCCCUAGUUUCAUGUACCUUCCUGGAGGCUCUAUCAGCGCUCCUGUAACCCCACCUUUAAGCUCCCCAACAGCUCGUGGAAUGAACCAAAUCAACAACUCUUUCUUUGUAUCCUCAACACCGCCUAGUCCCACUAGGCAGCAGACCGUACCUGACUCUGAAUGGUUCGCUGGGAUUCAACUCGCGCAAAGCGUUCCAGCUUCACCGACGUUUAGUCUCGUCUCACGAAACCCUUUUGGGUUUAGAGAAGAUCAACUAGCGUCUGCUGGUGGAGGUGGUGGGUCGAGAAUGUGGACGCCAGGUCAAAGCGGGACUUGCUCACCGGCUAUUCCUCAGACAGGAGAUGUUCCAAUGUCUGAAGCUGUGGCUCCUCCAGAGUUUGCGUUUGGGAGUAACGCAAACGGGUUAGUGAAAGCAUGGGAAGGAGAGAGGAUACAUGAAGAGAGUGGUUCUGAUGAUCUCGAGCUCACUCUUGGAAACUCAAGCACUAGGUGUUAUUGAAAACCCGGUUCCAACCAAACCAUUUCUCAAUAUAUCGCUUCAAUAUUUAUUUUCCCAUGUAAGGCCUCAAAGUGAAAUAUUCGUUUAUUUGUAACCAUGCUAACCAACCUUAAAACCCGGUUUGGUAUGGUUCUAAUCAGAUUAUGUUCUUUACA